AUGUCGGCAGCGAUCCGCGACUCCAAUGCACCAAUCAUCUACCUCGUCCGGCACGCCGAGUCGGAACACAAUGUCUCCAAAGACAUGUCGCACCGCGACCCGCCUCUGACUGCGCUGGGCGUUCAGCAAGCAACUGCGAUUGCCACAGCCUUCCCAGAGCUCGGUUCCGUGGCCACGAUCUUCACGUCUCCCCUCACGCGUGCAAUACAAACCACUGUAGCUGGAUUCUCCUCAAUUCUCCAUCUUGAUGGCCGAGCCGAGCCCGGGGGAGAUGGCGGCGCGCAGCUCAUCGUCGAUCCUGACCUACAAGAGCGCAGCGAUCUCGCCUGCGACACUGGUUCGUCACGCUCAGCCCUGGAGCAGGCUUUUCGGGGCCUCGACUUCAGCACCCUGAAUGACGACAAUUGGCCGACCAAGAAAGGAGCAUAUGCUCCAGACGACUCUAGCGUCUCAGAGCGCGCCCAGCGGUUCCGUGAAAGGUUGCACGGGGUGGUAGAAACACUUGGAAGAAACAAAGGCGACAACAGGCAGGCACGCAAGAAUAUUGUCGUCGUCACCCACGGCGUCUUCAUGAAGUUCCUAGCAAAUGACGGCACUAUCGAUCUUCCAAAGUCGGGAUGGAAGGCAUUCACUCUCGACGACAAUGCACACGACAAGGCGACUCUGGUUGCUCUAGAUUGA